AUGAUUGGGCUUUCGCCUGAACAAAUCGAAACUUUCGACCAAGAAGGCGUGUUAUGUCUCCCGGACUUUUUCUCGUCACAACAAGUUGACCAGAUGCUCCAGAGAUCCCGAGAAUUGCUUCUGGAGCUUGAUCUCUCUUCUCAUCCUCGCACACAAUUCAAAACAGGCGAUAACGACCACAUUGGCGACCAGUACUUCUUCGACUCAGCAGAUAAGGUGUCGUAUUUCUUUGACGUGGACGCUUUUGGCCCAGACGGCGAGCUCCGGUACUCGAAAGAGAAGGCCGUGAACAAAAUCGGCCAUGGACUCCACAUGAAAGACGCCUUGUUCCACCGCAUGACUUUCGACCCCAAGAUCAAGGCAGUGGCCCGGUCGCUUCAAAUGACAGACCCAAGGGUGCUCCAGAGCAUGCUUAUAUUCAAGAAUCCAUCGGUUUCUGCCGAAGCCAGAGACAACGCCGUGCCUCUGCAUACCGACGGCACUUUCUUGUACACCAAACCACAGACGGCGAUUGGCUUUUGGGUGGCCUUGGAAGAUUGUACUCCGGAAAACGGAUGCUUGUCGUACAACCCAGGAUCUCACAAAACUUUUCCACUUACCAAGCGAUUUGUGAAGGUUGAUGGCGGGAAGAAAGGGUGCAACUUCAUUGACUUGGAACACGGCGAAGUGCCACAAGACAACGACGCUGAUUACAAGUUUGUGGAGUGCAAGGCUGGGUCGUUGGUUUUGAUCCACAACUCAGUGCUCCACAAGUCUGAGAAAAACCAUCUGGCUAAGUCCCGGUACGCAUAUGCGUUCCAUGUGAUUGAUGGAACAGCCGAGUACGAUGAGUUAAACUGGCUCCAGAUCCCGAUCUCGGGCGGCUCUGAGUUCCUGAAACUUUAUGAAGAGUAG